AUGAAUUUGCCAGGGUCAGCGGUAUUGCUUUUGGUACUGAUAAGUAGUGUCAUUUCGUAUAAGCAUGAUUCACUUUCUGAGAAAGAUCGGCUUAAAUUAUUGAAACGAUUUUUGUUUCAUAAAGAUACUACUACAUGGACUCCAAGUGUUAUUGAUAAUUUGUUUACAAGAUCAACAACCGACUAUUACGGCUAUAGAACUAGUACAUAUUCACCAAGUGGCUCAAAAGCUUGUUCAUCAUAUCCGUGCCUUAACAAUGGUAUAUGCACACCAACAGGAUCACUGACAUACGAUUGCAGAUGUGUUGGACCAUGGCGAGGCGUCACUUGUGGAGUGGGUAAGUUACCAUCGUUAGUAUUAGAAGAAGUGUUCAGUGGUACUAAUUGUCAAACAAAAUUUUAUCAACCUGGUGAUACGAAUUACAAUCAAUAUACACAAUCGAAAUGUUCCCCAAAUCCUUGCCGUAAUGGUGGAACAUGUAUGGCAUUAACGACAACAUAUUAUUGUCGAUGUCGAGAUAAUAAUUAUGGUGAAAAUUAUUUUCGAAAACGUGAAUAUUUGAAUGACCAAAUAUUAGAUGAUAAACGCGAAGUUUUGGAUGCGGAAAUAUUAGAUGCUAAACGUGAAGCUGAAGAAGAAGAACUAUCAAAUUAUGUUAGCUUAUUAAAAAAACGCUACGAAGAAAAUGAAAGUGGAGAUGGUGAUGACGAUUCAUUCAAUAAUAUGUUAUCAAGAAUGUUACAAGAGAGUAAUAGUGCUGAAUUGUCAGAAUCAGAUGAAAAAUAA